AUGCCAGUGGUACAUCGCAAUGCCGGCAAACGACUGCUGCCUCACGCCGUGGACGACUUGGCAGAGAUCGACCCAAACCAUGUAGUGUAUGAAAUCCCAAGCGACAGGGAUUUGGCUCUGCCAUACCGGAAAAUCACUGCGCGAGAUUUCUCCAGGGCCAUUGAUCGAGCUUCUUGGUGGCUUGAGAGAUCUUUGGGAGCGCCAGAAGAAGGGGCUUUUCCUACGGUUGGAUAUGUCGGCCCAGCAGGUGAUCUACGCUACAUAAUCUUGGUCGUUGCAGCGAUCAAGGUGGGCUAUAAGAUGCUUUAUACCUCGCCCCGUAAUUCAGUGGAAGGCGACGUCGCAGUUAUAAAAGCAGCUCAAUGUAACUUGUGGCUGAUACCGCACGAAGGCAGUAGUAUCAAUCGCGUGUUUGAGCACGUAGAUAUGAAAACCUUCGCAUUACCAGAUUUGCUAUACUUCUUGGAAAACAUGGCUGAGACCCCAGUGCCGUACAAGUACAGCAAAAGUUGGGAGGAAGGCCGCAAGACUCCUUGCUGGGUCUUGCAUACCAGCGGAAGCACUGGAAACCCAAAGCCAGUAACCAGAUUCCAGGAUAGUAUUGCUUCAAUUGAAGCUGCGACUCUACUUCCAACUGUAGACGGCAGACCGUUAUUACUUCACGACUAUUUCGAUUCCAGGGUUUAUCUGACUUUCCCCUUGUUCCAUGCAGCUGGACUCGCCAACGGCAUACUGUGGCCUUUGUUCUGGGGAACAACCGUGGUCCUUGGCCCUGAUCGUCCAGUCACUUUGGAAGUGAUGAAGGACGUAGUCAGGAAGACAAAGGUCGAUGCAGUCUUCACUGCCCCCUCGCUGGCACAAGACAUCUCCAAUGACGAAGAGUUUCUUCAUCUGCUAGAGUCUGUAAAAGCAAUUGCAUACGCUGGCGGCCCUUUGGCUAAAGAUGCCGGAGAUCGCAUCAUCAAACAUACGAAGCUUCGACUCUCAAUCGGCACGACGGAAUCUGGAUGGCUCCCUUGUGUCGAAACGGAUGUUAAAUACUGGAACUAUCUAUAUUUCCAUCCGCAGACUGGGCUGGAGCUCCAGGAUCGUGGUGGUGGUCUCUAUGAAUUGGUUGCUGUUCGCAAAGCAGAACUAGAGCCAUGGCAGCCAAUCUUCUCAACUUUCCCUGAGCUGCAAGAAUACCCUUUCAAAGACUUGUUCUCUAGGCACCCAGAGCAUCCGACUCUAUACACAUAUGAGGGACGUGCUGACAACGUAAUUGUGCUGUCUAAUGGUGAGAAGUUUCAACCACACACCAUGGAGCUUGCGAUCGCCAGCCAUCCUGCCGUCAGAUCAGCAGUAGUAGCUGGACAAGGGAGAUUUCAAAUAUCUCUCUUGAUCGAGCCAGCUGCAUCGUGGGAAGGACUCAAAGAAAACACAGGAUCCCUCCGUGACAUAAUUUGGCCCACUGUUGUCGCAGCAAAUGAAUCGGCGCCAGCUCAUGCAAGACUCUCGAAGGAGUACAUCAUCAUAGCGAAGGUGGAAAAACCAUUCUCAAGAACUAGCAAAGGAACAAUACGUCGCGGGCCCACUCUUGAACUCUACAAAGAAGAACUCGACCAAGUGUACAAUGACGAUAACAGGUUGGUUCAUGAUGAAGUGGCCUUGACCAAAGAUCAGCUCACACCUGAUGCCAUAUUAGAUGUCGUCAGGGCCACGUUUCGAGAGGUUUCUCUCGAGCAGAAAGUUGAAGACACCGACAACUUUUUCACAUCUUCAGGGAUAGAUUCUCUUCAAGUUCUGACACUCAGAAGACGACUCAGGGGAAGACUUCCCAUAGAUGAAUUGCAGGGGCAUCCUUUGGAUAACAGAAUGAUUUAUCAGAACCCAACCGUCGCGGCGUUGGCCAAAGCCAUCACCAACUCCUUCACAACACCUCUGAAUAACGGUGCUAGCAGCUCUCACCGCGUUGACGACAGCAGCAUUAAACAAAUGAUUUGGAAAUAUACUAGAGACUUCCCUCUUCGGAAGGGAAUAAGUCUUCCAUCGACGCCUUCUGCCUCUCCCGCGGUAGUCGUAUUGAGUGGCAGUACGGGAUCGCUUGGCUCGUAUAUCCUGAAUGAUUUGAUGCAUCAAGCGGGCGUCCACGAGAUAUGGUGUCUCAAUCGCACAGCAGAUGCCGAGGAGCGUCAACUCAUCUCCAAUACCCGUCGUGGUUUGAGGACUGAUUUUGCUUCACGUCGAGUCCGAUUUCUACAGGCCGACCUCUCUGCCACCGCAUUGGGCUUGUCUCCUGAGGACCUAGAACACUUGCAAAGGAAGGCCACACAUGUCAUUCACACUCAGUGGCGUGUGGACUUCAAUCUCUCACUUGCCUCAUUCGAACCUCAGAUCCAAGGUGUCAGAAACCUGAUCGAUUUUGUAUCCGAGGCAGCUGCUAUUGGGAGCCACGUUCGUCUACUCUUUACUUCUUCCGUUGGGAUCGCGAGUAGCAUCGCCCCUGCUCCAUUAGUUCCAGAGGCCAGACUUGAGAACAGUCACGGUGCGACGACAGGCUAUGGUAAAUCCAAAUUUGUUGCAGAAGAGCUACUGGUGCAGGCAUCAGAGAAGUUUGGAAUCGACGUUGCUAUCUGCCGCGUAGGACAGAUAGCUGGUCCCAUCAAAUCAGGGUAUCUCAGUGGCCAAUGGAAGCAGAACGAGUGGUUACCCUCCAUCAUUCAGCUUUCGCAAAAGGUUUGGACCUUGCCACAAACUCUCGCGGCGAAUGAAGUGGUCGAGUGGAUACCUGUCGACAUUUUGUCCUCCAUCAUCCUCGAGUUAGCCUUCACGCACCAAAAGGCACAUACCCGGUGCCACUUCUAUAACUGUGUCAAUCCAAAACCAGCAUAUUGGGGAAAGGACCUGCUGCCAUCUGUGAAAGCUAGCCUACAGCGCGAGGAUCAGAGGGCAGGCACAAUCAAAGUUGCCCCCUUUGCGGACUGGCUCGCAGCGGUCAAAGCAGCUUCAGGAGAUACAGGUUCUCAUACUGAAGAUCAAGACGACCAUUCGUCGGCAUUCUCCUUGAUAGAUUUCUUUUCUAGCCUUGCAACGCAAGAGGGAAGGCCCAAAUUCCUUACAGAUAUCUCGUUCGGCGCAAGCCCAACUCUUAGGGAACUUCCACCAGUCAGCUCAGAAUGGAUGGAAAUCUGGCUGAAACAGUGGAAAUUUUGA